CUGAAGAGGAUGAAGAAGAGCAUGAAGACAACACCCCAACAAAGAAAACAAAGAAGAAAAUAGCCAAAGAUGCAAGUGGUACAUCGGGAGAAGCCAAAGAAAAAAAGUCAAAGCUAAAAGGUGACUCAAAUGACACAGAGGCAAAAACAAAGGCACCAAAGGGCAAAAAGAAAGAACCUGCUUCCAUGUUUCAGGUCAAUGGAAAUAAAGCUGAUGGGAAAGUGAAAAAAAAAGAAGAACGCCAGACCGAUGAGGAGGACAGUGAAAGUGAAUCCAAAAAGGACAAAUCCAAAAAGAAAUGCACAGCCAAAUCAGCAUCCAUGUUCCAGACGGCAGGUGAAAGCAAGGAAAAGAAAGGCAAAAAGAAAGGUUCUGCCAAAGCUGAAGAGGAGAAAAGUGAUGAUGAGAAUUCUGAAGCUACCCACAAAACUGCAAAGAAAAAAGGCAAAGGAAAAAAAAGGAAAAAGGAGGAACGUCCUCCUUCUCCUGUUAUUGAAGUGGAGAACCUGGAAGAGUUUGUGCUGCAGCCUGCACCCCAGGGAGUUACCAUCAAGUGCCGAGUCACCCGUGAUAAGAAAGGCAUGGACAGAGGGCUUUAUCCUACAUACUAUCUGCACCUUGACAAUGACAAAAAGGUGUUUCUACUGGCUGGGAGAAAACGGAAAAAGAGUACAACAUCCAAUUACCUGAUUUCAAUUGAUCCAACUGACUUAUCCAGGGAUGGGCAUAAUUUUAUUGGCAAGUUAAGAUCAAAUUUAAUGGGAACAAAGUUCACUGUGUUUGAUAAUGGAGUGAAUCCCGACAGAGCCAACUCAGAGUGGACAAAUGUGCGUCAGGAACUAGCAGCUGUUAUUUACGAAACAAAUGUACUGGGAUUCAAAGGGCCACGUAGAAUGACAGUGCUUAUUCCAGGCAUGAAUGAAGAAAGUGAACGUGUUCCUGUUCGGCCCAGAAAUGAUAACGAUGGCCUUCUAAUUCGAUACCAGAACAGAAACAUGGACAACAUGAUUGAGCUGCACAACAAGACUCCUGUAUGGAAUAAUGAGACUCAGUCCUACGUGCUUAACUUUUCAGGCAGAGUGACUCACGCAUCAGUGAAGAAUUUUCAGAUUGUCCAUAGCAAAGAUGUGGAUUACAUCGUCAUGCAGUUUGGCCGAGUAGCAGAGGACACCUUCACUUUGGACUACAGCUAUCCAAUGUGUGCUGUGCAAGCCUUCGCUAUUGCUCUUUCUAGUUUUGAUGGCAAGCUUGCCUGUGAAUAAGCAUCACAGGAGCCUGAGGUGAGGAAGAAUAAAGGAUUUUACAGCAAGAUGAAGUUAUAAAACCAUUGUUUCAUUCCCGUUCUCUUUUAGUUCUUUAUGUUUGUGAUAUUGAGUCAAUUUAAUAAAAAUCUUUUUAAACUUA